AUGCGAAUUCACACCGUGAAGUUAGGUGUCUUAACUGUUCAGAAAUACCACCCAGAUAAAGAUCCAAAAUCAAAAAAAGCUAAAAUUUUAAUAGCUGAAGGUCAAAGUACAUUAGAUGGAUUUGUAGGUCAAAUAGAAAUUCCACCUAAAGUAAGAUUUCGUACUUCUCUUACUAAAUGGGUAGUUUCUGAUGAUCAACUGUUUACGACAUCUAAAAAUCAGCAUUUUCAGUCCAUUACAAUGCAUUGGAUUACCAAAGAUUGGAUGCUUCAAGAUAGUUUACUUGAUUUUAUAGAUCUUUGUGGACCCCAUUCUAGUGAAAACCUUUGUAAUGCUUUUGUAAAAAGCUGCCAAGAAUUUGUAAUUUUAAAAAAA